AUGAACCGACAAAGAGAGGCCGAAAAGGCUCUCCACGACCAAACAAAUAUUCUCCCGUUCGCACAACUCAUGGUUGUCUUCACCGGUCUGGCAAUUUCCUUGCUAAUUUGCAUGGUGGAUCAGAAUGGCAUCAGUGUCACACUACCAACGAUCUCACGCGAACUGGGUGCCCAGAACACCAUCUCCUGGGCUGGAACCUCAUCGCUAAUUGCAAACACGAUGUUCACGGUGCUGUAUGGUCGACUGUCAGAUAUAUUUGGCCGAAAAAUCAUGUACAUCUCCGCAUUGAUCUUGCUGUGUAUUGCAGACCUGCUCUGUGGCUUGUCCCAGAACCCGGCCAUGUUCUAUGUUUUCCGAGGCUUGGCUGGUGUCGGCGGUGGUGGUGUCACCUCUUUGACCAUGAUUAUUGUCUCCGAUGUCGUGACCUUGGAACAGCGAGGCAAGUACCAGGGUAUUUUGGGUGCAUCUCUGGGCCUUGGUAAUGUCAUUGGACCAUUUCUGGGAGCUGCAUUCACCAUGCGUUCAACGUGGCGCGGUUUCUUCUGGCUGAUUUCACCAUUGGCUGCUUGCUCUGCAGUCGUAGGAUACUUCCUCAUUCCGAAUAACGCACGCAAAGAUAGCUUCCGGGAAAAUAUUGGCCGCAUUGACUGGUUCGGACUGCUUGCGUCGUCCAUUGGUAUCAUUUUCCUCUUGAUUCCUAUAUCGGGAGGUGGAUCCUAUUUCCCAUGGGACUCACCGAUGGUCAUUAGUAUGCUCGUGAUCGGAGGUUGUUCACUCGUUGCAUUUUUGCUCAUUGAAUGGAAAGUGGCUACACUUCCAAUGCUACCAGUCGUCUUCUUCAAAAAUAAGGUCAUAUCUGCAAUCUUCUUGCAGAGCUUUCUAUAUGGUGCAGUUUACCAGUCAACCCUUUACUAUCUACCAUUGUAUUACCAGAAUGCCCGUGGUUGGUCGCCAAUUGUCUCUGCGGCUAUGACAUGUCCUAUGGUUGUGGCCCAGUCAAGCUUCUCAAUCAUAUCUGGAUUGUACAUUACGCGAGUAAAACGCUAUGGCGAGAUCAUUUGGAUUGGAUUUGGCUUGUGGACAUUGGGGUCAGGUCUCAUGUUAUUGUUCGGUACCCACACACAUCCAGCCGCUAUUGCCGUCAUUGUAGCAGUCAUGGGCGCCGGAAUCGGCUUCACAUUUCAGCCCACUCUCGUGGCCCUACAAGCACAUUGCACCAAGUCCCAAAGAGCAGUCGUGAUUGCAAACCGUAACUUCUUCCGCUGCAUUGGUGGUUCAUGUGGUCUCGCUAUCUCUGCGGCUGUUCUGCAAGCCGCUCUUCGCUCCAAUCUACCAAGCAAGUUCGUAUACUUGGCAGAUUCUUCGUACUCACUUCCUUCGAGAGCGAAUAUCAGUGCAACUGAAUGGGUUUCAAUUCUGCUUUCUUAUAGCAAGGCUUCCCACACAGUGUUCGUUGUGCAGGUCCCCAUCAUCGAGCGACCAAAGGAGCCGGAAGAGAUGGAAGAAGAAAAGCGGAAAGCGCAAGAAGAGAGAGAUGCCGAGGCGGCCACUUCUGAAUCCUCCGAGGAGUCUGUCGACCACCAGACAUACCACCAGGCCGAGAAGCAUCAUUCUGCGUCGACAUUCGCCGAAUCCUCGAUAUCGCCUUCUCGAUGCGACAAUGAGUAUCCGACUUGUUCCAACUGCCUGAAGGCGGGAGUCCCGUGCGACAAGUCCAGCGUCCGGGAGGACCAAGACCGCCAGAAUGAGUACACACGUGGCUUAGAGGAACGUGUAAUGUUCCUUGAGCGUAAACUUGCUGAGUCCGAUCGAUCAUCAGACCACAAUACUACCGCCACAAAUACUGCGUCUUCACUGUUCUCCCCACAAGGUGGCCAAACAACACCGCACACCACUACCUCGGGACUUGACAAUAAUCCUGUUGGAGAGAUUGUGGGCCUUCUUGCUUUGAGUGCCUCUGAGGCCCCUGCAUACGUAGGAUCUAGUUCUGGUCUUUCUCUCGCUGUCGACCUAGGAGAGAUGGUCCAAACGAGUGCAUGGAAUCAAUUCAUCUCAAAUGUGCAACAAAAGACCAGAAGUGCCACCAAUAACUCUCAACACAAGGCACGCCAAGUUCAUGGGCCUUCGGAGCAACCUAGCGCCACUCGAAUUCGAGAUCCGCCAACGAGGAUGGAAGAUCUUUUGCCGGCAAAUGUUGAGCCUCCAACCGAUGAGAUGGGAACAAGAAUCCUCGAAACGUAUUUCACUCGACUUCAUUCUCGAUAUCCAUUCAUUAAUCGGAAACAAGUAUGGCAGCUCCAUGCAGAUCGAUGGCGCCUAGCGAAGAUCAAGCGUGAGGACCUUGCUCGAUCUGAUCGAUUUGCCAUCUUUAAACUAAACCUGGUCUACGCAAUCGGCGCAACGAUGCUUCGACUGACUGAAAAAUAUGCGUACACGAGUCCUGAGCGAUUCUACGCUGCCGCCUUGCAGCAUGUUCCCACAAUGUGUGAAGCACGAUCUGUUGACAACAUCGAGGCCAUGGUUCUUCUCGUUGUGUAUCAUCUCCGAACCGCAUCCGGUCAUGGCAUGUGGUACAUGAUUGGACUUGCUAUGCGUAUUGCUAUCGAUCUAGGUCUUCACCGAAAGGCAAAUGAGAUCAACAUGGAUCCAUUUACCAGCCAAAUGAGACGAAGACUAUUUUGGACUGUGUACUAUUUGGAGCGAGUGCUAUCAAUGUCCCUUGGUCGCCCGUUCAGUAUAUCCGAUCGUCACAUUGAUCUCGACCUCCCGCUAGAUGUGGACGAUGACAUUGAAGACCCCACACUGCUCACAGCACCCCUAGAUCCCAACAAAACCACAACCUUGACAUUCGCAAUCUACCUCUUCAAACUCCGUCGCAUCGACUCCCGCAUCCAACACAAAAUCUACCGUGCAGACCGGCCCCUCUCUUCCCUCCGACCAAAAAUGGACCCUUUGUAUCUUGAACUGGAACAAUGGAAAGAAUCCGCCGUAUUGCGUUUCAGCGGCCCCGAUCUCGACUACCCAAUGCUGCACUUCAACCGAGCAGUCCGACUCCUAAUCCAGCCCUUUCUCCCGCUCCUUCCAAUCACAGACCCAUACUACCAAAUCUGCAUCCUGGCCGCAGGAAACAUAUGCCAAUCCCACAAACGCCUGCACCAGACCCUAGAAUAUGGCCACUCCUUCCUAGCCGUGCAAACGGUCUUCAUGGCGGGGAUCACCCUGCUCUACGCGCUAUGGACACACACAGACCAAGUCUGGUCCGUCCGAAUGAGCAACGACAUCCGCGCAUGCUCCACAAAUCUCUUUGUAAUGGGCGAGCGCGCAGCAUGGGUCAAGACGUACCGUGAUGCAUUCGAGCUGCUAGUCAACGCCGCCAUGGAGAAACUACAGGGCAAUGAGACUGCCCGCAACGCCGGGAUGGCAGAGUUGAUGACAGCACAGUAUGGAAUCAACUGGAAUUCUGCCACUGCCCCCGGAGUGUCCGGUAGUGAUAAGUUUCUACCGGUCAACCCGACGAAAAUGGCUCCUUAUGCUGCGGGUACUACGCCUCACCUGCAGGGCUGUCCGGAUGAUGAUUCUGAUAAUGCUGUUAGAAUGGCGUUGCAGCUGGCGCCGUGGAUUGACCAGGAUGAAAAUGAUCCACUGUGGGUGCCGGACUUUGAGACUUUGGAGAGUCUGUCUGGGACUUUUUGGAGUCAUGGUGAUACGAGACUUUUUGAUCCUUUGUGA